CCAUCUAUUCUCUUCCCCCCUUUCCCUUCUCUCAAUCUUUCCCAGCUUUUUUAUUUACCAGACACACUCACUACUUCCCUUUUCACACCCAACUAUCUCUCUCCCUCUCUCCUCAACUCCAACCCAAUCAACCCACUUCAUUAAUCACUCCAAUUGUUGUCCCACUUUGUCACAUUGCUACUACUACUCCUUUAACUCCUCUCCCUUGUUUCCUAAUAUAAUUCCCAAAAUCACAAUCAUUUUGCUUCAGGUUCCAGAGACAUAUACAUAAUAAACCUUAACAAACUCCCAAUUUUUUUCAGUUCUUUCUGUUAUUUUGUUUCCGGUGCAUAUCACUGCCACCACUGCCACCACCACCACCCCUUGAUCUGAACAAAAAAUGGAAAACCAGUUCUUUCUGAAUUCUGGGGUGUCACAAACACAGCACCACCACCCUCUUCACUUAGAAUCUUCACCACCAUCCAAUCCUUCUUCAGUGCCCUCUUGGCAAUCACUCUCACCACCAAACAUGGGGAUUCAACCAACAGUUAUGAAUUGUGCCUCUGAGCAAACACAACAAGAUUGCUUUUACAACUCCAAUUGGGACAAGUCAACAACAACAGAUCAAGGCCUUCACCACUUUGAUUCCUCAGCACUGAGUUCAAUGGUCUCAUCACCAGCAGCAUCAUCCAACCCCAACAACAACAUGUCCAAUGAGAAUUUCAUCAUCCGGGAAUUGAUGGGGAAAUUGGGAGCUAUUGGGAACUCUGAUGAGAUCCCACAACACUCUCCUCACCCUUUGGUUGUGGCAUCUUCUUACAUGAAUACUAAAGGCAAUAACAGCACCAACACUUCAUGCUACAGCACCCCUUUGAGCUCCCCUCCAAAGGUGAACAUUGUCAACAGCUUGGUGAAUUUGAGGUUGGCAAAUUUGGGAGGGGGAAAGUCAACAACAACGGUUUUGAAUUCCAGUGUGGCUGAAUUCUCAGCUGAUCCUGGCUUUGCUGAGAGGGCUGCAAAGUUUUCUUGCUUUGGCAGCAGGAGUUUCAAUGAUAGGAGUGUCCAAUUGAGGGUGAACAAUGCUGAAUUGGCUCAAAGAUCUGCACCAGCAAUGGAACAUGGUGGGAAGUUACCUAGAGUCUCAAGCAGUCCAUUGCUCAAAACACUUGGAUCUCAAAUGGGUGCCCAAGAGAACAAGAAUUCAGCAAUUCAUCAGGAGCAGGAGAAAAUGGAAGGGGCCAAUUCUCAAGAGGAAUCUACAAUUUCUGAGCAAACCCCAAAUGGGGAAAUUGGGGUGAAAACUUCCCAAGAUAUUAUGAAUUCCAGGAAAAGAAAAGCUUCUUCCAAAGGAAAAGCCAAAGAAACUUCAAACACUACUAAUCCUACCAAGGGUGUUGAAGGCAGUGAGUAUUCAAAUUCAAAGCGCAGCAAGCCAAAUGAGGGAAAUGAAAAUGGCCAAGUGAAGGUUGAGGAAGAGUCCAAAGCAGAGGAAGAGAAACAGAGCAAAAGUAACUCAAAACCUCCUGAGCCACCAAAAGAUUACAUUCACGUGAGAGCAAGAAGAGGCCAAGCCACUGACAGCCAUAGUCUAGCAGAACGUGUACGGAGGGAGAAAAUCAGUGAGAGGAUGAAGCUGCUCCAAGAUCUUGUACCAGGUUGCAAUAAGGUCACUGGCAAAGCACUUAUGCUAGAUGAAAUUAUAAAUUAUGUUCAGUCAUUGCAACGUCAAGUUGAGUUUCUGUCUAUGAAAUUGGCUUCUGUUAACACAAGGAUGGAUCUUAGUAUUGAGAGUCUUGUUACAAAAGAUGUAUUCCAAUCAAACAAUUCUUUGGCAACACACCCAAAUGCAAUAAUAUUCCCAUUAGGUUCCUCAGCACAAGCCUUUUAUGGGCACCAGCCUCAGCAAAACAACCCAGUUUUCCAUAAUAACAUACCUAACAGAACGGCGACCCACUGCUCAGUGGACCCAUUAGAUACUUCUUUGUGCCAAAAUCUUGCCAUGCAGUUAUCUCCGCUAGAUGUGUUUAAUGAAGGUGGCUCUCAGUUUCCAUUAGCAUUCUUAGAGGAUGAUCUCCACACCAUUGUUCAGAUGGGGUUUGGCCAAGCUGCUAACAGGAAAACACCAAUACAAUCCUCGAGUUUCAACGGUUCAAAUAAUGUACCACAGAUGAAAGUAGAGCUCUGAUCAACAAGGACUCACCUUUCAUUACGCCUGAAUUGAAGCCCAGAAGAUUAGGAAGACUACUGUAUACAACAACAGAAUAUUUAAUUCCAACAACCCCAUAAAAUAUUAUUAUUAAGCCAUUAUUACCAUUAGAUAUAUUCAAUAGGAGAACCCUUUUUUUUUUCUUUUACUUUUCUCAAUUUUUUACCUCCCUUCUCCCUUUUCUAUGAUUUCAGUUUCUUAUCUUAUGGGGCAUGUCUUUUUCAAAUUUUCUUUUUCCCCCUUACAAUUAUUCACUGUAAAAUCUUAGGACCGAUUCUGUAUUCUCUGGUGCAAAUUCUUAUUAUUAUUCUGGCACCAACUGUAUGAUAUAUGGCUAAUUAAACAAAGAUUUUCUACCAGCA